UAGCGUCCCUUACCAAGCGCACACUAUUUUGAUAUUUCGUGAUGUGUGGUAGUAAAACAGCAUCCUGAAUCAGCCGAAUGUUGCAGCUAUCUUAAAAGAAUUUUUAUUCAUUUAUAGUUGACAGUUUUGGACGUACCACUUCAAUUGAACCAAGCUUACGCAGUUCUGUAACUGGCAUGGAUUGAAACAGCCGCACACACACAUCACAGCUAUCUGCUUUAUAAAUAAUAGUAUAACAAAGCAAAUACCUUUUGUUAGUUUUGAAGAACACAGAAGUGAAUACUUGCAUUUGGGACCUAAAGCAGGAAAUGCUUGAUUCUAGAUAUGGAUAAUUAUGAGCAGCUUCUGCAGGAACUUGAAGCUGAAAUUCGAUUGCUGGAGCAAAAACACCAUCAGUUCAGCUUACAGAAGCAAGCAGCUGACAUUUCAUUGACCUCACGUUCGCAAGAUAGUCUAGCAGAAGAAGUACACAGGCUGGAACAACUGGUGAAGGAAAAUGAAAUUCUGACAGGACUCACAAUUUCGGAAGCAACAUCCGUUGUAGUUGAACAAGAUUUAACUUCCUCUCUUCGGCAGCAUACUAUAAAUGGGGAAGCAAGAGGCAUGCAAUUCAAACUUCAGUAUGAUGUUCGUGAGAAACUGUCACAGAUAGGCCAAAAGGAUCCAAGGGCACAAAUAUUAAUGUUGGAAAUGGAUGUUCGUGAUGACAUGGUUGCUCUGCUGCAGACUGAAUUAUUCAGUGUUGCAGCAGAUGUUAGCGUUCGAGAGUUGCUGCAGCUGCUUGCAUCCUAUGGAGCAUGGGUAGAGGAUCGAGAACGAGCCAUAAAUCACUUUACUGCCACAUAUCCAGAAAUUGCUUGCCGUAAAGAGCGGGAAGAUGGCUGCAGCAUAGACCUUAUACUAAGAGAUCCUAAGCAAGACCUAAAAUUCCAAGUCAUUUGGGGGCUAAGAGUUCUGCCAAUGAAGAGUGUAGUACCAUGUGUCCAGCUGGAGGUUGAAGCAUCACCUGAAGUACUUGCCAAAGACCAAAAGGGCACUCUUUCCUCUGCAUCGUCUGUAUUUAAACUCAUGUGUAAAAAGUUUGGCAUCGAGCGAGCACUUUAUAUGAUGAUCAAACUUUUGGAUGAUUCACAAGACCAGUGAUAGUGAUGGUGAUUAGAAAAAAACUGAAAACUAGAGCUUAUUAAACAAAAAUAUGUAG